UCAAACCGGACGCUUCUGUCGGCUCCCUCAGCAGUGAACUGGGAUAAAUAUCGACGAAUCUUGUCGGCUACAAUCCAAUUCAAUCCCAACGGUCUUCUGAAUAAUUGAAGCAACGCGUGCUGAACAUUAUUGUAGAGUGAACUCGAUGCAAAUUGAUUGCUCAUACGACGCGUUGGCUGCACAAAGAGCAGGAAAAUAGAAAUUGUUGCAUGCUUCUAGGCGGCGCAUUGUUGAUUGAUAUUUUCUGUUACUGUGUGUGUGUGUGAUUGAAAUUCUUUUUGACUAAAGCCCGCGCGUGAAUCGCUUUCUAUUUCUAUGCAAUCGAAAAAUCUCCUUUUAUGCAUAAAUGCUCCAAAUCUCGCUAAUUGCUCAAUGGGCUCGGCUCGGCCCGAAUCUGGAUCUGGAUCUGGCUUUUGUGAUUCGCAUACGCACGCUUGGAGCGUAAACAAUUGAUUUAGUUCCGCAAAACAAAAAAUUCUCCAGCGAACCGCUCACCGCGAAUGUCAAAAGCUCACUGAGGUAGGCUCUCAGGCCCAGCGGCGUCUGUACUCCGACUCGCACUCGCAGACGGGACCAAAAACAAAGAAAGAAGCAAAACAAAACUGCCAAAAAAAACGAAACAGAAACGUGUAAAAGGUGUUUUUUUGGGUAUUUGGGGGAACCGGCGCUUGGACUUGACAUAAGACAAGGCGGCAGCAGCAGCAGCAGGAGGAGCUGGUGGAGCAGAACAGAACGGAGGGGAAUAAACUGGGCCAACAACUUUAAAAGUACAAGCGGAGGAAGAGCCAUCAUGAGAAGUGCAUAGACCAGGAACAAUAGUAAAUGCCACGUCAGCAGCAGCCCCAGAAGCGGCAACAACCACAGCAGCAGCAGCAACAGCAACAGCAGCAACAGCAACAGCAACAGCAAGAACGUGCAACAACGACCGUAAAAACGAGUCAACAACAGCUUAAAACAUAAUCCGCUGUCUAAAGGCAACAAGCGGAUAGAGAGACGACGAGACAGCACGAAAGAGGAGAAACCAGAGAGUGAAAGAGCCACACAGAGAAACAAAGAAGGAGAAGGACAAGACUGAGUCGGACGGAGACCGCUACCCAGUGAUGGGUGAGAAGAAAGCGACAUUGGGAGUGACGAGAAAUCGUUGGUGUAAUUAGUGCUGCCAAAGCGCGUAUGAAUCAAGAUCCUGGCCCGCAGCGGAAGCGGAAAUGCAGGCGACAGACGGCCCACUCAGCGGAGACGGAGGAGGCCACUAAUGGAACGGCGCGCGAUCAUGUCCGACGUUGAGAAGGCGAUUCAGAUUAGGGGCAAGCAGCGCCUGCCAGAGGAUGACGGAGAUGUGGCUGAUGAGGCGGGGUCAGGGCCAGGCACAGGGCCGUGCUCAGUCGUGGGGGUAAAGACCACGGCCACAUUGAUGGCCAAGAAGAAGAGUUGCCCGCGACGCUGCCUCGGACAGCUGCUGAAGCUGGUGCUCUCGACGCCCGGCCUGAUGCUGCUGGUGACGGCCUACUCCGUGCUGGGCGCCCUGAUCUUCCCGCUGCUGGAGGCGCCCCAGGACCUGAGCAAGUCGGCGGCCAUAGCCAAGAGCCGCGAGGACUGUCUCCGUGAGCUCUGGAUAAUAACGGAGAAACUAAACGUUCUGUACGAACGCAACUGGACGAUGCUGGUGCACGAGCAGCUGCGCCGCUUCGAGGGAUCCAUUGUGGCAGCCACGCGCCAAGGAGCCACCGGAGUCGGUGGCGGAGCCAGCUUCCAGGCAGCCAGCGCCAGUGCCCUGGGACACUUUGGCUACGAUGCAGGCGAUACACAGAUCUGGACCUUCAGCGAAGCCCUGCUCUACUCGGUCACUGUGAUAACGACAAUUGGUCAUGGCAGUCUUACACCCCGCACAGCCGCUGGAAAGCUGGCCACCAUUUUCUACGCCCUCAUCGGAGUGCCUCUGAUGCUGAUGUGUCUGUCCAGUCUGGGCACGCAGCUUGCCGAGGCAUUGCAGUGCACGUACAUGCGACUCUGCUGCCAGCUGCAAAAGCAUCGUCAGAAGAAGCCGCCAGCUCAAAGGGGAACAGCGUCGACAGCAACGAAAGCGUCAGCGACACCAACAACAACGACGAUGGCAGCUACAGCGACAGCGACAAAACGGCGUCAGGCAGCGGCAGCGGCAGCGGCAGCUGGCAAUGGGGCCAACUGCAGGAGCUGCAAAUACGAUGCGGCCAACACGGAGACGAGUCUGAACGAGAGCUACGAAUACGGGCAAGGACAGGCGGCGGCCAGGGGCAAGCUGCCCCCGGAUAAGGGAGAAGAUGCCUGUCAAUUGUUGCACAACUUGAAUCAGCAGCAGCAGCAGCAGCAUUUUUACCAGCCACAGCAGCAGCAGCAGCAGCAUCCGGAUGUCAUGCUAAUGACAACAACAACAACGGGUAGCGCAAUGUUGAAAUAUGCACCGCAACAACAGCAGCAGCAGCAGCAGCAGCAAUUAUCGACAGCGACUCUACCGCGGCAACAUCACCAACAUCUACAUCCCCAGCAGCAACUGCAACAGAAUUUUGUCGCCGUGCCGAGCAGCAUGCUGCGGUCAAUGCCUCUGACUAUGCCGCCCAAUUGUUAUGGGCCGGCCACCGCCACGAUUUACUUUCCAUUUGCACCGUCUGCAGCGGGCAGUCCACAGCACUCGCAGCAUCUGGUUGGGACGGCAGAGCCGGCCAACGGGCCUGGCUCUGGGCCUGGUCUUGGCCAGCAGCCGCUGGUCAAGUAUCACACGAUUCACUUGCAGCCUGCCACCGCGAAGCACCGACUGCUGGCACCGGCUCGGGACGAGCCACUCAUUGCGGGCCAAGGCACUGAAUCAACGGUCACACUGGAGGGCAUAACAUUGCCACCGCCGCCUGCCUACCAAACAGCCAGUAUUCAUGGUGAGUAUUGUUCCAUUCUUAUAGCUCUACGGCUUACGCUUUACGGUUUACGGUUUACCUCAAUAUGCUUCGAUUCCGCCGGAAUAGGCUGGAGAACAGCUGUGCGUCGUGGAAAGUUCGUGACCAAGCCGUUGCCGCACGAGAUCAAUGCUCUGAUGGACUCUGGAACCGCUUUGGGAGCGGUGGAUUUAUCCAGCAGGCAUGAUUUAUUGCCACAUGCAUUUACAACGGCAGCAACAAGCACCGCAGCAGCUGCAGCGGCGUCAGGAGCCUCCUCUCCUGCAUUGUUGACCUACACGGCAGCAGCAAUGACGGCGACGAGCCCACAACUGUCAGGCGGCAUUAAAGCUGCCACAGGAGGUGGAGGUGGGGCCGCAACAAUGUCCGAUAACAGUUUUAUAGCCGCAGGUGUCUGUGGCAUGGCUGCACCAGCAACAGGAUCGUCAGCAGCAGCAGCAGGAACUGCAACAACACCAUCAACAACCUCGAGUGCUGCGGGCACAUUGUCGACCCUGCUCUGCCCUAGCGCCACUGGAAACGUGGACAUCAUGGAGGACGAGGAUGAGCAGGAGCGAGAGCGCCUGAGCAACUGCCCGCAUGGGACGCCCUCUCGGGUGCCGCUGAUAGCCAGCCCCCUGAGUGGGCCCCAGGACUCGGGCGAAAGGACUGGAGGCAGUGGGGGCAGUGGCUCGAGGGGCCUGUUGAAUGCCACGGCCGCCUCGUUCCACCGCCACACGAUGCAGCCACUGAACCGCAAGAAGAUGCUGCUCACGCGUCGCUGCCAGCGGCAUGCCACGGCCGCCCUCUACGAUGGCACGGCCACCACUACGGAGACCUCCGACGACGAGGAGUACAUGCAGCAGGGCAGCGGCAGCGAGCAGUUCGUGCUGCGGAAGCUUCGCUACCACAGCGAGUCCGAGGACGGGCUGGACGAGGAGACGGAGGAUGAGUGCGAGGAGCGGCAACACCGGGUGCCCAUUAGUCUGGUGCUGCUCAUCCUCAUGUGCUACAUCAGUGCAGGCACCGUGAUCUUCGCACUUUGGGAGGACUGGUCCCUGGUGGACGGGGCCUACUUCUGCUUCGUGACGCUCUCGACGAUCGGCUACGGGGAUUUCGUGCCCGCCCGCAGCUUCAACGGACCGGCGCUUCAGUUGUACGCCUGCUGCGCCUACCUCUUGCUCGGCCUCGUCCUGGUGGCCAUGUCCUUUAGCAUCCUCGAGACGCAGCUGAUGUGGAAGUGCAGGAGGAUAGCGGUGCGACUGAAGCUGGCCCGAACCGAUUGAAACUGAGCUCCCACACUGGACCCAAAAUGCUGCUCCAAUCACUAAUUAAUAGCAAUUCCCAUGGUACUCCACCAGCUGCUUGUGCAUGAACCAUUGUAGGAUAAGUUUACUGUACAAUUGGGCAUCAACUAGCCCCGUCUCUGUGUAAAUGUAAAUUCGUCUGCCUAGAAAAAUAAUGCGUACUCGUAUGUUGUCUGAGAUUCAAAUGAAUUUUUUUAAAUAAAUAAAUGGAAUUUUGCAAAU